AUGAAGAAGAAACCAGGGUCAGCAGCAGCAGCAGCAGCAGCAGCAGCAGCAGCAGCAGGAGUAGCAGCAGCAGGAGUAGCAGCAGCAGCAGCAGCAGCAGGAGUAGCAGCAGCAGCAGCAGCAGCAGCACCAGGAGUAGCAGCAGCAGCAGCAGCAGGAGUAGUAGUAGUAGUAGCAGUAGCAGCAGGAGUAGUAGUAGUAGUAGCAGUAGCAGCAGCAGCAGCAGCAGUAGCAGCAGCAGCAGCAGCAGCGGCUACUAUUCUUUCUGCUGCUUCUCUUUCUCCCCACAUUACCCCCCCUACAACACCUACAACCACACCUGCUGCUGCUUCUGCUUCUGCUGCUGCUGCUGCUGCUGCUGCUGCUGCUGCUGCUGCUGCUCAGGUUACCUCUAUACUAACAGUUCGCCGGCGUGAGGGUACGCCCCCAGCAGACUUGGUGUUGGAUGGUGAGGGUUUAGACUUAAGGAGGGUUUGGGUUGACGACAAGGAGGUGCGGCUAGAAGCAGACGAAGCAAAGUACCCUACUUUAUUAAGCAACGGAAACAAGAUAGAGGGGGGCCCCCUGGGGGGCCCCCAGGGGGGCCCCCAGGGGGGCCCCCCAGGCUAUCACUAUGCGGUACCCAAAAACCACCACAGGUUAGCUGCUGCUGCAGCAGCACCAGCAGCAGCAGCUGCAGCAGCAGCAGCAGUGGUAGUAGUAGUAGGAGGAGGAGGAGGAGGAGGAGAAGCAGCAGAAACGAAUGAGUUAGAGGGGCUGUUGCAGCAGCAACAGCAGCAGCAGCAGCAGCAGCAGCAGCAACAGCAGCAGCAGUAG